CAGUUCAGAGAAAUCGAAACUUAAGGGAUAUUGAGCCAUUGUUUGUCUUAAUCUGUGUGUAGGCUAUGCUACAUGAAGUGAUAUGGCGGCCGCUAUUUCUCAGGACCAGUUCAGCUGUCCAAUCUGCCUGGAUCUACUGAAGAAUCCAGUGACCCUUUGCUGUGGACACAGUUUCUGUAUGAGCUGCAUUACAGGCUGCUGGGAUCGAGAACAACAUAAAGGGGUUUACAGCUGCCCCCAGUGCAGACAGACCUUCAGUCCAAGACCUGCGUUAGGCAAGAAUGUGGUGCUUGCUGAAAUGUUGGAGAAACUGAUAAAGCCCAAACUCCAAACUGUGGUUCCUGCUCAGCAUUAUGCUGAACCUGGAGAUGUAGAGUGUGACGUCUGUACUGGAAGAAAAAGCAAAGCUGUCAAGUCCUGUCUUGUGUGUUUGGAAUCUUACUGUCAGACUCAUUUUGAACAUCAUGAAGAAUUUCGUUCAGGUUCAGGAAAGCGACACAAAAUUACUGAUGCCGUAGGACAACUCCAGGAGAUGAUUUGUCAUGAGCAUAAUAAGCUUUUGGAGGUUUAUUGUCGUACGGAUCAACAGUGCCUUUGUGUGCUCUGUAUGAUGAAUGAACAUAAAACCCAUGAUGCUGUCACAGUUGCAGAACAGAAGACAGUGCAAGAGAAACACUUAAAGGAGAGACUGAAGCAGCAAAUCCAGGAGACAGAGAAAGAGAUUCAGGAGCUGAGAGAGGCUGUGAAGUGUCAUAAGCGCUCUGCUGAGGCAGCAGUGAAGGACAGUGAGAGGAUUUUUACAGAGCUAAUCACCUCCAUUGAGAGAAGUCGGUCUGAGGUGAUUCAGCUGAUAAAAGAUCAAGAAAAGGUUGCAGUGAGUCGAGCUGAAGAAUUCUUGAAGCAUCUAGAGCAGAAGACUGCUGAUCUGAGGAAGAAAGAAGCUGAGCUAGAACAGCUUUCACAUACUGAGGACAUCUGCUUCCUCCAGAGUCUCCAGUCUCUCUCUGUCUUGCCGGACUCACCCAACAUCAAAAUUAGUGCUCUUCUCUCCUAUGAUAAUGUAGAAAAAUCUGUCUCUCUUCUAAGAAAGAAACUUGAGGAUUUCUGCCAAGAGGAGAUAGAAACAAUGUCUUGUAGAGUGAAUUGCAUCCAGGUAAUUUCCUUUCCUGAACCCAAGACCAGAGAAGAGUUCCUCCAAUAUCGCAGCAAGUUUACUCUGGAUCCAAACACAGUGAAUAAAAACCUUCAUCUCUCUGACGGGAACAGAAUGGCUACUUGCGUGAAUAUAGUCCAGAAGUAUCCUGAUCAUCCAGACAGAUUUGAUCAUUGGGAGCAGGUGUUGUGUAGAGAGAAAGUGUGUGGACGCUGUUAUUGGGAGGUUGAGUUGAAGAGGUGUGUGGGUAUAUCAGUUGCAUAUAAAAGCUUGAGCAGGAAAGGCACAGGUAAUGCAUCUUUGUUUGGAUGUAAUGGUCAGUCCUGGAAACUCUCCUGUAAUCCCUGGAGCUGUUCGUUCUUGCACAAUAACAGAGAGAUAAAACUGCCUCUAGAGCCCAGCUCCUGUAUAGGAGUGUAUGUGGAUCACAGUGCAGGAAUUCUGUCUUUUUAUAGAGUCUCUGACAAAAUGACCCUCAUCCACAGAGAACAGACCACAUUCACUCAGCCUCUCUAUCCUGGGUUCAGGGCUAUUGAGGAAUCAUCAGUGAAACUCUGUGAUCUGUAAAUAUUAAGGGUGUAAAAAAAGUCAGGUUAAAGCAUUCUUUUACUUUGCAUCUAACCAAAAAUUGUAGACAAAAAUAAUUUACGUAUAAUUUUUUUUAAAGGAUUAAAAA